CUUAAUCUAAACAACCUCACUUUCCACUCACUUUCCCUUCAAAUCCCUCCUUUUCUAUCCACAAAUCCAAACAAAGCCUAAAAGUGAGUGAGGAUUAAGCAAUAAGCAGCUAUAGAGCAGAAGAUUGAAGCAACAAGACCUCGCAGUUGAAGGAGAUUGCCGCAUUCCUUGGAUGCGUAGGCAGCAAGACCUCUUGUUAGUUUCUCUCGUAUCUCACUUUCUUCUCCCUUUAAUUUUAUUUCGUAAACUAGAUUCUGCUCAAUAGAGCCCCAAAAUGAAUUGAAGCCAAUGAGUAAUGUAAGGUGAAUAGUAACUGUUCGACGAAAUGCCUAUGUGAUUCUCCCUCCUUUCUCUCGCCAUUCAGAGGCUUAUCACCCAUCCCAUAUCACUUUUCUCUUUUCUCACACUCUUUUGCUUCAACCUAACCUCAUUUUCCCCUUGUUUCCUCUGAACUGGACUCUCGGGUUUCUUCAAAGUUUAAGUCCAUUGAGCAAGAUCUUCCAUCACCAAGUCAAUGUUUGUUUGUUACAUCCAAAUCUUCACCAAGUUGGAUAUUUUUCCGAAUUUGUCAGUUACUUUAGAUUAGGAAGGAGAAAGGGGUUGAAAAGCUUAACCUUUGAAUUGCACUGCUACUUAAUAUUUGCUCUGUUCUACAAUUUUCCGUCAUUUGGAUUUGGGGCUUGAUUUGUGAAAUCUUUUGUUCAAGUGAGAAGCAUGGGAGAUACAGUUAAAACAUAUUAGGUGAAAUGAUGAAUGACAAACAAAAUAUUACUGCUAAAUUGAAACCCUAAAUCCCAAAUUGGAAUCACACCGCCAUUUUUGGAUGUGCUCUUCAUACCUUUGUCUCAAUUUCCUUCGACAUUUAGUGACGACACCGCACUAGGUGAGAGUUUUCUAACGUGAGAUACAUUUUACUGGACAGAAGACCUGCAAUUUUCAAUGUACUGAAUUUUGAACAGUACAGUGCAAACAACAGAAAAAAUGUCAGUUAAAUGAUUGUGGCAUGGAUAACUCUACUGCUGUGUCUAAUGUUGUCAAAUAUCCGUUAUAACGCCGUUAUAACGGAAAAACGUCAUUCGCCAACCGUUUUAUGAAGGUUUAUGGCGGUGUUCGCCAUUUCCGAUAUGGCGCCCGCCAUGGUCAUGGCGCCGUGAAGCUUUAUGGCGGUCAUGAUGGGUUUUUUCUUGAAAAAACCUAUUUUUGGGCUUCGAAACAGGCCCAGAUGGAGUGAGCCCUAAUUCUUUUUUUGGCUCGACUCACUUCUCCCUCAGUCGGGCGAAGUUCUGCACUUGGAAGAGGAGGUCACGCACAGUCGCACAAUCUGCCCUAGGUUUUAAACCUCUUUGGUCACCUUCGUUCAACUCCGAUCGCUGCUCUCCGGUCACCUCUGCGACCGACCAUCUGAACCGCGGUGGCCCAACACUCCAGCAAGCAACCACGGGUCCACGACGCGUGAACAGCACUUACGGAAGUCGAAACUGCCCCUAACCACCUUCGUUCACCGUCCCUUGCUGGUCGGCAACCUGAACCGUGGUGGCCCAGCACUCCGGCGAGCAACUCCGGCGAGCAACUCCGGCGAUAUAGAUAAACUUAAAAUUUAACAGUCCAAAUGGCACCAAGAUGGAAAGGAAAAGAUGCAAAAGCUAAGAAGGAUGCAGAAGCCGAAGCGCUCAAGGAACCCAUGUCAAAGAUUAUAUCUCAGCUUCAGUCUUCUCUAGUUCAAUCAGAUACAUGUGGAUUUCUAUCUGAUAACAGUGUACACCUAGCAGUGGGAGCAGAACAAAUUGAUUUAUUUGAUAAAGCAUGCUUUGGUCGACCUGUGAGAACAGUUGAGAAGGACAAAUUAUGGUUUCAACUAAGCUUCGAGGAGGCAUUCUACCUAAGCUAUUCCUUGAAAUGCCUUAAUAUUAAUGAGAGUGAUACUGGUCCCCAAAAUGAUGAAGAGCUGUGGCAUUACAUGAAGUCCCAGAAAGAAACAUUCCCUUGUCUUUACAAGGCUUAUUCUCACCUUAGAAUGAAAAAUUGGGUGGUGAGAUCAGGAGCUCAGUAUGGUGUAGACUUCAUUGUGUAUCGUCAUCAUCCAGCUCGAGUCCAUUCGGAGUAUGGUGUGCUUGUUUUAUCAGAUGGGGAUGAUAACGAUCUAGAUGGAAGAUUGAGAGUAUGGUCUGAUGUUCAUUGCGCAACUCGACUUCUUGGAAGCGUUGCAAAAAGCUUACUGGUUUUACAUGUUAAUAAAAAUGGUAACUACAAUGAGUCUCCAUUGUGUUUGGCAAAUUACAGCGUUGAAGAACGCACAAUCACCAGAUGGAGUCCAGAACAGUGUCGCGAAAAAGAUGUAGUUAACACUCACUGAUAACAGAACCGGGUAAUACUCCCAUCAUAUGGACGCAACAAAUUGUACCAAAUAUGAAAAAAUAUAAAUAAAAAAUGGUCUUUUGUCCAAAUAUAUUA